CUUAAGGCAACCCUGGCAAUAAUUGUACGAAACUACACAGCUAAAUUAUUUGGCAGCCGUUGAAAAAAGUGACCAAUAAUGUCCGGUAUUGCUAUUGCUCGACUUUCUGAGGAACGUAAAGGCUGGAGGAAAGACCAUCCCUUUGGUUUUGUUGCCAGGCCCACAAAGAAUCCUGAUGGAACCCUCAAUUUGAUGAACUGGGAAUGUGCUAUUCCAGGCAAGAAAUCGACUCCUUGGGAAAAUGGAUUGUACAAAAUCCGCAUGAUUUUUAAAGAUGACUACCCCUCUUCUCCUCCAAAAUGCAAAUUUGAGCCCCCACUUUUCCAUCCAAACGUCUAUCCAUCAGGCACAGUUUGUCUAUCAUUGUUGGAUGAAGAAAAGGACUGGAGACCUGCAAUUACCAUCAAACAGAUUUUGCUUGGAAUUCAAGAUCUCCUGAAUGACCCCAAUAUUAAGGAUCCGGCUCAGGCAGAAGCUUAUACUAUCUACUGUCAAAAUCGAAUGGAGUACGAAAAACGUGUUAGAGCACAAGCCAAGGCUAUGGCUGCCACUACUGAUUUGCUGUCUUAAUUUCCCAAGUAAAUCCAGCUGUCAAGGAAUAAGUUAACUUCUUUUUCUUUUCCACGUGCUCUAUUUGUUUUUUAAAAAUUCUUAUUGUCUUCAUUUCAAUACUUACUUAUCGUCCAGAAAACAUACUCCGAUCUGAAAUAAAACGCUAAGUAAGGUGUAA